CGCGGAGCGAGCGGCGGCGAGUCCGAGAAGGAAGGAACCGGCCGGCGACUCGGCGAGCAGAAAGCGGCGACGAGUGCUUGGCGUACGGUUUGUGUGGUGCGCGCUACCGUCGAGAUAGGCUCGAGAUCGGAGAGUGCACGCGCGAUCGAGCGGAGGCGGCGAUUUCAGACGAGGGAGACACGAGUUUUGAAGUAGAAGCACGCGACUAUAGUCCUCCACUCCCCUUCCUCCUCCCCUCCGGCCGGACGGUAAAGGGGACGACGACGCGAAGGAGAAUUUUAGAGAAACGCGUAGCGUCGAGCGAUAAUGACGAUGGCAACCGAAACGGAGAACAACGGGCCCGAGAGCAAGGAGAUCAAGGACGUGAAAGAGAUGAAGGAGGCGCUUAAGGACGACGCGCCGCCGGACAACAAGCAAGAGGAGAAAGACGCGGCGGCGAAGAAGGAUGAGGUGGCCGGCAAGAAGGACGACGACGCCACCGCCGCGGCUGGCGGCGCAGCCACGGCGCCGGCGAAGGCCAGCACCGUGCACCACCCCGACUACGAGAAGGACGUUGUUUAUCUAUAUCAGUUCCCGCGGACGCCGCUGCUCCCGUCCUUAUCCCCGUACGGUCUCAAGGUGGAGACGUGGUUGCGGUUGAAUGGCAUCAAGUACGAGAAUGUUGAUCACAAGAUGAAAUUCCGCUCCAAGAAGGGUCAGCUGCCGUUCGUCGAGCUGAAUGGCGAGGAAAUCGCGGACAGUACCAUCAUCCUACGAGAGCUGAGCCAGAAAUUUGGCAAGGACUUGGACGCCGGUCUCACGUCCGAGCAGCGAAGCGUCUCUCAUGCCAUGAUAUCCAUGAUCGAGAAUCACCUCGUUUGGGUUGUCGCGUGCUGGCGCACGAAGAACUUGGAUCAGGUGUUGAAGGGUUACAAGGUCAAUCUGCAACUCGCCUUGGGAUCACGUAUCCCGAACGCUAUUCUGAAUUUCUUCUUCAAGCUCACGUUCGGACGCAAGUUGGAUUGGUUGCAGGGUGCGAGGAAAGUGAAGGCUCAGGGAAUGGGCGUGCACAGUCCGGAGGAAGUGUCCCAAUUCGGCUGCACCGAUCUUAAGGUGCUCUCGGACACGCUUGCUGACAAGCCCUUCUUCUUUGGGGACGAGCCAACUUCCAUGGACGUAGUUGCAUUUGCACAUCUCGCUCAAAUCCUGUACAUCGACAAAGACACGCCGUACAGCCUGCGAGACUACAUGGUCGAGAACUGUCCCAACUUGGUCGGACAUUGCUCGCGCGUUAAAGAACGAUGUUUCCCGGAUUGGGACGAGAUAUGCUCCAGCCUGGACAUGAACACGCAUCUGCCGAAGCCCGAGAAACAGGAGGAGAAGGAGGGCAAGGAGGAGGCGAAGGAGUCUAAAGAAUCCAAGGAGGAGAAAGAGGGUGACAAGGAAAAGGCAGACAAGGAGGAGAAGGAAGUAGAGAAGGACAAGGAAGUUGACGAGAACAAAGAAAAAGAGAAGGACGGCAAAUAAGCGGUCUUUCGUUGUAAAGAGAAGUAAUAAGUCGUUUCAAGGAUUUAAAGGCGAAGAGUCACGAAGGUGUAUUGGCGAAUGAAUAAA